AAAAUUGAAUAAAAGGAAAUAAAAUUGAAUAAAACGAAAUAAAAUUAAAUAAAAAGAAAUAAAAUUAAAUAAAGGGAAAUAAAAUUAAAUAAAACAAAAUAAAAAGAAAUAAAGGGAAAUAAAACGAAAUAAAGGGAAAUAAAAUGAAAUAAAACGAAGUAAAAUUAAUUAAAAGGAAAUAAGAGGAAAUGAAUAAAAUAAAAAACAUCCGUAUAAUCUAAUAUGAUACAUUAAAUAAAUAUACGUUUUAAAAAUUCUAGUAGCCAAAUUAAAUUAAUUGAAAAAAUAAAUAUAAUUUAAUUAUAAAUGUAUUUAAUAUAAGUAUCAAAAAAUUAGAUAAACGGCAGAAAUAUAAUUAAAAUAUAGAAGAAAGUGUAAAGUGUAGUGUAAAAAAAAACUAAUAAUGUUGAAAAACUAUUGCGAAUGAAUUAACAAGUAGUCUUCCAAGUAAAUAAGUUAACAUUGCACGCAUGCUAAACUUAGACUGGUCUGUUAAAUUAACAGUCAAAGAGAGUAAGAGCCAUGCUGCGAAGAGAACGUGAUAUAUUUUCAAUUCUUAUUUGUGCAAAACAAACACAAAUAGUAAUAGACAAAAGCAUAACAUCGAGGUCGUCAACUUUGCACUCCAUCAUUGAACACUAUUGAUUUCUCUGCGGACAUGUCAGUCAUGAAUGAAUAACUUAGAAAAAUAAACCUGAAAGCUGCACAAGUGGCUAAGUGAUGCACGAAUUAUCCCAAAGGGAUAAUAUGAAUGUAUGUUAAAAAAAAAUCAAAAAGAACUUAUCUGUGAACUAUUAUAUAUUUACUGUAUAUUAUAUGAAGAGCAUGCAGCGGCUGAAUGCGCAAAUCAACGGUUAACAUAAGUGAGUGCCAUUCAGCUGCUGUGCGAUAUACUCACCUUUCACAAAGGAAAUAUAUUCCAAAUAGCAUCAAUAUUGAAAUAUAAGAUUUUUUCAGAUACACACAAAUGUUGAAGACUCUCUGCGGCAUCUACUUAAAUACGGCAAAUCGCGCAAACAACAAAGCAGAAAAAGUAAGGGUAAGGCUAUAACGGCAAUUUACAAACAGCUGUGCCCCUUAAAUGAAGUUGACAAAUUUGUUAUUCGCCGACACAAAGACUCACCGACUAGUGUUUGAAAGCAUCCGUAACCCAAAUAUAAAUAAACACAGAUUUUGGAUAACACAACAAACUUGAAAAAAAAAAUAAAUAUCUUUGACGGGGAAUGUGUGGGUGCAUGCUGUUCAUAAAUAAAAUUUCAAGUACAAAGCAAAACAAAAACAAAUUGUUAUAAUCCACAAAAAGAAAACUAAAAGUUGUGAGUGACCUUUUUGCGUCGGAUAUCUCUUAGUGGCCUGGCAACUCCCACAAAAUAUUAAAUACACUCUCACAGUAACUAAGCACAUUAGCAACAACAAGAAAAAAAUCUAAAACGAAAAUAGUGAUACAUCGUGUGGCCAAGCAAUAGAAAUAUCUUUAAAAAAAAGUGCGAGAAAGAAAAAUUGCCGAAAAAACACAACGGCUGUAGAGUAUAAUGAAUAACGGUGAAGAAACGAACAUUGAAAGUUCAGAAGGAAGCGGAUGACAGCAAUUGCGAUAAAGUGACAAUGAAAAUACAUUGUAACAACAACAUCUCCAGCAAUAUAGACACAGCAGGCAGACGCUUCGUACACGCCUCGCACACAGCUACCAUCCACUCACCGGCGCUGCUGUCUAAAAUGGAUGAUUUAUAAGAUUGCAGCGAGAAAUUGUAAUUUGAAAGCGAAAAAGAAAUCCAACAGCUGUGUAAAAAUCAGCGCAACGAAUUCAUAUCAAACUUUGAACAGACCAACACUACUACUACAAAUAGCUGAAAUCAGUAUAAAGGAAAAAAAAUGCAGAUAAAACAACUAUAACCAGCAGCAAAGCGAGCAGUAGCAGCAACAGUUCCAGUUUCCUCAACAAUAAAAAUAUUAAAACGUAAACCAGAAAAAUCUGCCUAAAAGAUUUACAGUUACAUCAUCAGCAAACUUCUCCAAUGAUGGACAGCACAUUAAAUCACACCCCAACCACUGAGAUUCCAAUAACCGUUGCAUAACAAACGCAGCCAUUAAACCAUACGCUGCCGCAACAUGAACAUCGAACAGCAGAAAUUCCCACCACCACCAACGAACCUGCUGUCCGACAGCGGUUACACCAAUGGCUAUGCCACACCCAGUAGCAGCAGCAUUACCACAACCUCGGCAGACACAUCGGCGUCGUCGCCUGCCUCACAGACGACCACCUACGUGAAUAUACCGAUUAUACCACUUGGUCAGCUGCCCACAUCCGCGUCCUCCACAUCGACCGCCUCACCACCACUGCCGCCACCACCACCUUCAACCAUAUCAAUGAUGGCCGGUGGUGGCAGCACACCGAACAGCGGCGGCACAAGCACCUUCAAGACACCAUUACUGCCCAUGCCAACACUCGAGGACAUCGAAGGCGGUCUGCUGGCUGUUACGACAUCUAAUGCGCCAACCCCAAUGCCUGUUGGUAUACUCAAGUAUCCGAAUGCUGCCGCAGCGGCAGCGGCUGCAUCGGUGGCAACAACACCGCUUACAUUGCCAUCUUCGACGUUGAGUAUUUGCGGCAGUGGUAUGGGUCCGGGACCACCGCCAGCAACACUAAUGCAAGCGCCUGCUCUAUCGUUACCCACCUCAACUGCGGCGUCGAGUGGUUAUUUGAGUGGUGUUACCAGCAGUUAUCAAUCAGCGUCACUUGCGCAACAACAACAACAACAGCAAUUACCACCUGCCACACUCUCGUUAGCCAACGACAUGCUGCAGCAUCAAACGACACCAAUAACAGUACUUUCACUGCAGCAUUCCACGCAACAACCCGUACUACCGCCACCACCGCCCUCUGUGGGUCUACUGAAUAACAGCAGUGGUGUUGCGCUGGGCUUAAGUACAAGCGGCAACACUAAUAUGGGACGUAGCAAUCAUCAAUCCAGUGCUGGUAUGGGUGGCUCCGUUGGUGCUGCGUCAAGCAAUAAUGUGAACUCAAAGCGUUCGGCAAAAUGUUGCGCUUGUUUCGGUAGCAGUCACUCGUCAGCAACAACGAAGUCACAGCAUAAAAAGCACCGCAAACAGAAGACACAGACAAUUUGGUCCGCUUUAUUAACGAAUCUGGGCAUCUGUGCUUUGCUGCUAGCCUACACUUUGUUGGGUUCAUUCAUAUUUCUAACAAUCGAGAGCGAAGACUCAACGUUCCUGCAUCAUCACAGUCACCAUCAUCAUCAUGCAGUGCUGCAGCGACAGCGUCAACAGCAGCAGCAGCAACAACAACAGCGUACUCUGGCCUCAACAAAACGUGGCGGUAAUGUGGAAAAUAUUUAUCACACUUCACCCGAACAAAUGCAUCUGGACAAUGCCACAGCAUAUGCCCCUCAAACCGGCGAUGCCGCGACGGCAUCAUUAUCUGGCACGACUGCUUAUGCUUCCGCUGCCGCCGCCAAUGCCAUGCUCGAGGGCAUUGUACCGUUGAGCGAUGAGAAUAAUGGCGACGGUGGCGUCGACACGGGCGUUGUAGAUUUCAGCUAUGGUGAUGAACUACUCGGCGGCGAUGGCAUCACUUCGGCACAGUUGGCGCUGUCGGCGGACACGCAGGAAGUGCGACAACGCACCAUUGAGAAUAUCUGGGAUAUAACGGUGUCAUUGAACAUACUCUACAAGGAGAAUUGGACGAAGCUAGCCGCUUUGGAAAUUGCCAAAUUUCAAGACCAAUUAAUCAAGAGACUGAAUGAGGAUGCGCUACUGCAAUUAUCACAUGAAAUGGAUGGCGGCGGCAUCGCUGCUGGCGGCGGAAAUGGUGCGGCAAUGGCCGGUAAUAGUCCAGCUACGGAAGCUGUACUGCUACACACACACGGCGGUCCAUACGGUCAUGGUCAUGGGCCACACGAAUGGAAUUUCGCCAAAGCAUUUCUCUACUCGCUCACCGUACUGACGACAAUUGGUUAUGGUAACAUAGCGCCACGCACUACACUCGGCCGUUUGGUAACGCUGGUUUACGCUAUUUUCGGCAUACCACUGACACUCGUUUAUCUCUCCAGCACCGGUGGCAUUUUGGCAAAAGUGGCACGUGAAGUAUUCUCCAAAGCGUUAUGCUGUUGUCUCUGCUCGAAUUGCGGCUAUUGUUGUUACGAUGAAAAGCGUAUGGCUGAAAAGGAGCGUCGCAUGAAGCGUAAACGCCAACAAGAGGAAUUGCGUAAACAGCAGGCUGCCUUGCAGGAACCCUACUAUGUGCACGACUCAUAUGCCGCAGCGGAGAAACAAUCAAAUCUGGGUGGUGGCACACAAAUGUUACCGCCCGACAUCGAUUCGUUGAGUGCGAGUGAAUCACGUGGCUCCAUGCAUGGGCUGAGCAUAUUGGCACCAAUUUUGUUGUGCCUUUCAAUGAUGGUCAUUUACAUAUUAAUUGGUGCAGUCGUACUCUACCGACUGGAAGACUGGCCCAUACUGGAUGGCAUCUAUUUUUGUUUCAUGAGUUUGUCAACAAUCGGUUUUGGUGAUAUGCUACCGGGUUUACGACGUGAGUCCACAACGACCACAUGGUUUUGUUCGAUCUACAUUAUGUCUGGCAUGGCGCUCACAGCGAUGUGUUUCAAUGUUAUACACGAAGAGAUUGUGCAUCGCAUCAAAAUCGUGGUGGAAUUCAAGAAAGCUGGCAAUAUGCUGGAUACGAUGGGUGAGGAGCAAGGCUACUAUAUGCCGCCUUGACAAUUUGAGAAGGGCACAAGUUUGUACAAACGCAAUCCCACCGAAGAGACGUUGGUGUCAGGCACACCAACUUCACUCGCUUACGGCGCUCAACUCGAUACAGAUCUAAGUCAAAUGCAUUCGCUAAAGGACUAUGUCAAUCAUGAGCUUGUACCCAUACUCACCAUGGACCCGAACAGCUCGUCAACCAACUCAACACAUC